AUGGAUCCCGACCAGAAUGACACCAAGAUGGAUAGCAACGAGGGGAAGGCCACCAUUCGCCCAACCAUCAUUCCAAUUCUGAAAAAACCUGCGAGUUUCAAUCUCUUUAACCCGACAGCUCCUGCUUCCCACACUACAUCUGUGCCUGCCGAGUCCCAUAAUACCACGGCCCCAGUCAAUACGUCGACCUCGAGCUCUUCUGCUGCCAGAGAUCCCGAAAACACGGCUUCGUCUCUUGAUACAUCGAUUAAGCACACUCCCAAGGCCCUAUUCAUGGGGAAAGAAGUGUCGACUACCGUCGCAUCCGAUCCUCCCAAGAACUUGUCAGCCGCCGUUUACAACGAUUGUCUCAAGUGGCAUAAGAAGACCAUUGCCAGCCUCCGUGAGGAAAUCCAUUUGUAUACCGAAGACGCUCGGAAGUGGCUACACCCCGCGGAUUAUGGUUUCAGCCCGGAUAACCUGGGGACCGCGACCCUGAGUUUCCAACAGGGAUGUUAUCGUCAGAUGAAGCGUAUCAACAGCCUCUCAAUCGAGUUGUAUACCAUGAGGGAGGAUUGCCUCCAACAUAUCGAGGCUUGGGGACCGACAGGAGUGGGAAAGAGGCUGGCCGCAGUCGACAGGGAGUUUGAAGACAUGGUACAGUCUAGGACCCUUCUCAAGAACAUCAUCACGAGACUUGAGAAGAAGAUCGAAAUGAGGCAGCGUGCGCAGAGGCGUGCGGAGAAGCGUGCGGAGAAGAUGAUGGCAGAAGUGUACAAGGAACUGCACAAGGGGAGCAUCAAGAAGGACUCAGAUGAUCGCAUAGAGCCGGCUCGCAAGAAAGAUACCCACGAGGGAAACGACACCAAGCCGAACAGUGCUCGAGAUGGCAGUUUGAUCACCAACACCGAGUAA